AUGGAGAAUACGGAAUCAAGUGUUGGAAAUGAGCAGAAAAUGAAUAACGGUCUGAUACAUGAUAUUCUUGUAAAAAUCUUUUUAUGCCUCAACGUCGUGGAUGUUGCAGUUGCCUCCCUAGUUUGCAAAUCUUGGAAUAAUGCUUGUCGUGACCCAUCUCUCUGGAACAAGAUUGAUCUCUCAAGACUCCGUUCUUACUGCUUCAACAUACCAUUCAAUAAAGUUGGAGCUUACAGAUACUCAAGUUUGAAGAUGACUCAAUUCUUGAAACAUCUUCUUGAUCUGAGUAAUGGAAAUACCACCUACAUUAUAUUCAAUUUUUAUGUUUACUUAACCAAUGAACAGUUCAUCAUGGUGGCACAAAGGACCCCAAACCUGAAACGAGUUGUUCUACCAGAGACGGGUGAUUUCUCAAAAGCAGGAUUGGAUACCGUACUGAGCUUAUGGAGAGGUCUUGAAUCAAUUACCAUUACUUCCGCUGUGUCGAGUUAUUACAUGAUCCUAGCUCUUGGAAGACACUGCAACAACAUCACUGAGAUGAAAUUUUCUGAGGGCAACUUUGAAGAAAAGCAUGCUGUGGCCUUGACUAAAUACACCCCGAAGUUGAAGAUAUUGAGCAUUCGGAAUUUACCAACGAGCUUGAAGGCAUUGUUGUGUGUGCUGAAUUUCUUGAAAGAUUUGGAAAAGUUGAACAUAUGCAACUGUUUGAUUAUGGACACAUCAUAUCCUCACAUAGCAUUUGUAGAGGAUAGUGAUCUAGAGAACAUUUUGCCCUCAUCGAGUAUGGAAAAGCUUAUAUACUGUGAAAGAGGAACGUGCUUGAGGUGCAUGAAUGGUAGAGACACUACUCGAAGCAGACAACCAGAUGGACCCCUUGAAGAUAUAUGGGGAGAGGAUGAGAUAGCAUCUCUUGUGCAUUUGCCUCAACCUUCUGAGGCUGAAAG